AUGAUUCAGUUCAUUUCCAACGUGUUUGUUUCAUUACAGGACAUUGGUUAUCAACAUCAAGCACUAUCUAGGGAACUAAGGAUGAUGUCUGCCCAGAGGAAUGACAGAUGCCUUGUCGAGAAUCAGUGCCGUGCCUUCCUGAUGCAGGCGAUUGAACAUCUUUGCCUUAGAAGUCCCGAAGAUCACCCAGCCUCCUCGCAGUCUGUGGCUUCAACUGGAGAUCUUGAUAUUGAUGAAAUUAAGAGACACUUAAUCCCAGUCAAUUAUGAUAUGAUGAAAAGGUCCACGUCUUACUACAAUGGCAUGAGGGCGCAGAUACAUCUCCAACCUGCGCAAGGAUGA